ACAUCACCUCCGAAAAAAUGGCCCAGACCAACCCGCUUCCUGUUCCUUUGGGACCCUGGAAGAUCACAGUAUACGAACAAGAAAAUUUCCAAGGAAAGAGGAUGGAAUUUACUUCCUCCUGUACAAAUAUCAUGGAGUGCGGCUUUGACAAUAUUAGGUCUCUAAAAGUGGAAACUGGAUCCUGGAUUGGAUACGAGCACACAAGUUUCUGUGGUCAGCAGUUUGUCCUGGAGAGAGGAGAGUACCCACGCUGGGACUCUUGGAGUGGCAGCAAUGCCUAUCACAUUGAGCGCCUGAUGUCUUUCCGCCCAAUCUGUUCUGCUAAUCAUAAGGAAUCCAAACUGGUCAUUUUUGAGAAAGAGAACUUCAUUGGGAAGCAGUGGGAGAUAUGUGAUGACUAUCCUUCUCUGCAAGCAAUGGGCUGGAGCAACAAUGAAGUGGGAUCCAUGAAGGUUCAAUGCGGCGCCUGGGUGUGCUACCAAUAUCAUGGUUAUCGUGGCUACCAGUACAUUUUGGAAUGUGACCACCAUGGAGGUGAAUACAAGCACUGGAGAGAAUGGGGCUCUCACGCCCAGACCUUCCAGAUCCCUAUCCGACGCAUCCAGCAGUAA